CACGACUAACAGAAAAUUUCUCUGCCGGUGUUGACUUCAAACUCUCUUUGAUUAGAUCGGCGCCAACUUCUAAACGCAAAUGGGAAUCACGAGAAACUUGAUCCUGGGUUUGGCUUGUUUAGCCUUUGUCUCCAUUGCUAAAGCUCUGCCUCAUGAACCAGAACUUGGCUCGGCUCGUGUCGUCUUCCAGACUAGUUAUGGAGAUAUCGAAUUUGGGUUCUAUCCCACUGUGGCACCCAAGACAGUGGAUCACAUCUUCAAGCUUGUUCGUUUAGGAGGAUACAACACUAAUCAUUUCUUCAGGGUUGAUAAAGGUUUUGUUGCUCAAGUUGCGGAUGUGGCGAGUGGACGAUCAGCUCCAAUGAAUGAGGAGCAAAGGAAAGAAGCUGAGAAGAAAAUUGUGGGAGAGUUCAGUGAUGUUAAGCAUGUCAGAGGUACUCUUUCCAUGGGAAGAUAUGACGAUCCAAACAGUGCACAAUCUUCAUUUUCGAUGCUUCUUGGCAAUGCUCCUCAUCUUGAUCGCCAGUAUGCUGUGUUUGGUAAAGUUACUAAAGGAGAUGAAACAUUGAGUAAGCUAGAAGAAGUUCCCACUCGCCGCGAGGGGAUUUUUGUUAUGCCGACGGAGCGGAUCACGAUUUUGUCGACAUACUAUUACGACACUAAAAUGGAGAGCUGUGAAGAAGAGAGAUCUGUCCUGAAAAGAAGGCUUCAAGCAUCUUUUGUGGAGGUCGAAAGACAGAGAAUGAAGUGCUUCCCGUGAAUGAAGUUAACACAUAAGAAACUGUUCAACAAAAGCCUUAAAACGCCAGGGAACACAAAGGUAAAUGUAUGUCUAGUAAAAAAACUCAGAAUGCUAGACAGUUUAUGAGUGGUUUAUCAGUGUGAGAGAUUGUAGUUAACAGUGUAAACAGUUUGAGACAUUGAAUCAUGGAUUGUUUCCUUCACUGUCUGCAAAAAUCUGAUAGUCACCGGGACAAAAUCCCAGGUUCUGAGCACCAAAUAGUCAAAUACUGAACUAGUGAAAUAAGCUUGGAGCAAAUAGCAACAACACAUGUGCUCUGCUUUUGUGCUCUUCUCUCUCCAAAAAAACAAAGCAUGUCUCUCAAUUCACACAAUUAGUC